CGCCCCGUGACCGGUCCUCCCCUCCCGGCCCCGCCCCUCCCCUCGGAGCGGCUCCGGAAAUGGUCGUGCUGGGCUCCGCUGCGGCUGCGUUGGGCCUCGCUCCCCGGACUGAAGGCGACUGAAAGAUCUCUCAUUCUCUUCCUUCCUGGACUUCACUGAUCUCAAAAAGCUAUUAUCAAAUCAUAUCAAAUGACGGUGGCCAUGAUAAAAUAUCUUCAAGUUGUUUCCAAGAAAACUACAGAUAGUAAAGGGAUCCUUAUGCAGCAACACGUGAAAUGAACAAAGCUCCACAACCCUCAGGAGGAACCCCAUCAGCCCCACACCCCUCCCCUUCUCCUGGACUUCCACAGCAGUCAGCAUUUCCUCCUGGCCAGCCGGCACCUGUGGUUUUUAACCCAGCGCAAGCUACCCAAAUGAAUACGCCUUCCCAGCCUCGACCGUUUCCAGCAGGGCCUCGUGCUUUACAUCAGCAGGGCGGAUUCAGGUCUCUCCAGCAUUUCUACCAGAGCAGGGCCCAGGCACCGACCAGUGCUUCCCGGGUGCAGAGUAACACGUCGGCUCGGCCUGGCCCACCCACUCAUGUUUAUCCAGCUGCUUCCCAGGUCAUGAUGAUCCCUUCACAGAUCUCCUAUCCUGCUUCGCAAGGUGCCUACUACAUCCCUGGACAGGGUCGCAACACAUACGUUGUUCCGACGCAGCAGUAUCCUGUCCAGCCUGGUGCCCCCAGCUUUUACCCUGGAGCCAGCACCACAGAAUUUGGCCCUUUCGCUGGUGCAUAUUAUCCUGCGCAGAACGUGCAACAAUUCCCAACUUCUCAAGUCAUGAUGAACCCACAGCCACCGAUCCCGCCAAAGCGAGAGCGCAAGACAAUCCGAAUACGUGAUCCAAAUCAGGGUGGCAAAGAUAUCACAGAGGAAAUAAUGUCUGGAGCUAGGACUUCUUCUACCCCAACUCCUCCACAGGCUGGAAGCAGUUCAGAGCCACAGGCCAACGGGGAGACACCCCACGUAGCAGUUAUUGUCCGCCAAGAUGAUCGUUCCAAGGCCACCCCAGUAGUAAGUAAACCGGUAUCCUUGGAGCCUAGUAAAUCCGCUUCCCCAUCUCCCCCUCCGCCCCUGACCGAGGUGGAGCCUGUGCAGCCGGCCGCUGUGACGCUGGUGCGCCCAGAGAGCCCUGUUGCUGUGGACACUAGAGAGGAGCUGACGGAGGUCCCUGAAGACAUCCUUGAGCCCAUUAGCGCCACCACUACAGUGCCCGGGGGUUUUGUGCCCCCUCCGGAGUCCUUUGUUUUGGACACAGAGCCUCGGGAAGAGGUAGCUGCUAGCCCCGUUUUGGAGGUUCCUUCCCAGCCACCCCCAGAAACGCUGGUGGAUGAAGAGGUGGCGGCACCAGCAGCAGCAGCAGAAGAAGAGACGGUGGUUACCCAACAGGAGGUUUCUCAACCCGAGGAGCCUCCCGUAACGCUGCCGUGCGCGCCUCCCGUUCCUUCUCCUCCCCCAGAGGAGGUGGCCGAAGAGGCCAUCGAGUCAAAUGGAGUCUUAGAAGAGGAGCUGCUGGAGGCGGUGCCCGAGGUGCCCCCGUCCGAGCCGGAAUCGCCCAUGGAAUCGCCCAUUGCUCAACCCGAAGAGGAGGAGGUGCCUUCUGGGCUUGGGAUCCCGGAGAAGCAAGAAGCCGAAGAGCCGGAGGAACCGCCCGAAUCGGAUAUCAGCCCCAUCUCGGAACCCGAAGAGGUGAAGCCCGAGGAGGUGGUUGUCCCGGUGACUGCUGCGCCUGUUGUAGAAGAAGAGGUGGAGGCGGAGGCGGAGGCGGAGGCAGAGGAAGAAGUGGAGGAGAUGGCCGAGGUCCCAGAGCAGAGCGCCCAGCCGGUGACUGCCCAACCCUUGGAGACCACGGAAGUGACGACGCAAGUAGCCAUAUCAGUGCCAAAGAGAAAGCGAAGGUUGAAGGAUCUGAACAAGAAGGAGGCCGUUGGAGAUCUGUUGGACGCGUUCAAAGAGGCCAGCGAGGGGGGCUCUGAGACAGAGAACAACCCCCCAGCGCCAGCCCUGGAGCCCGAGGAACCUGUCCCAGCUCGCUCCCAGGAGGAACCGGAGGAGACUUGGGAACAGAAGGAGGAUAAGCUGGACCCCGAUAAGGUCAAGCAAGCGGAUCAGAAGUAUCGCUACAAGGAAGAGCAAUGGAAGCCCUUGAACCCGGAAGAAAAGAAGAGAUACGAUCGGGAAUUCCUGCUGGGGUUUCAGUAUAUGUUCGCUAGCAUGCAAAAGCCGGAAGGCUUGCCCCAUAUCAGUGACGUGGUCUUGGAAAAGGUGAACAAGGUGCCCCUGCGGCCCCUGGACCCCGUACGCUUGAGCACGAUGAACUGCGGACCGGACUUCACACCCUCUUUUGCCAACCUGGGCCGCCCAGCCCCACCCAACCGUGGGCCGCCUGCUGGGCCAGGACAACGGCGUUCCCAGCAAAGCCUGCGGAAGGAGCCCCGGAAGAUUAUUACCACAGUGUCUCUGAACGAAGACGUCAAACUGAACAAGGCCGAGAAGGCUUGGAAGCCCAGCAGCAAACGGGCCAGUGAAGUCGAAGAUCCUGAGAACAUAAAAACUCAGGAGCUGUUCCGACGGGUGCGCAGCAUUCUGAACAAGCUGACCCCACAGAUGUUCCAUCAGUUGAUGAAGCAGGUCAACGAGUUGUCCAUUGACACAGAAGAACGUCUCAAGGGUGUCAUUGACCUCAUCUUUGAGAAGGCUAUUUCUGAGCCAAACUUCUCUGUUGCCUAUGCCAACAUGUGCCGUUGCCUUAUGGGGCUGAAAGUCCCCACUACCGAUAAACCUACCGUCAUGGUGAACUUUCGCAAGGUACUCUUGAACCGCUGCCAGAAAGAGUUUGAGAAAGACAAGGAUGAUGAUGAGAUUUUUGAGAAGAAGCAGAAGGAGAUGGAUGAAGCGGCUACUCCUGAAGAGAAGACGCGUCUAAAAGAGGAGCUGGAUGACGCCCGGGACAAAGCUCGCCGCCGCUCUCUCGGCAACAUUAAGUUCAUUGGGGAGCUCUUCAAGCUGAAGAUGUUGACCGAAGCCAUCAUGCACGACUGUGUGGUGAAGCUGCUGAAGAACCACGACGAGGAGUCCCUCGAGUGUCUGUGUCGAUUGCUCACGACCAUCGGCAAAGACCUGGACUUUGAAAAGGCCAAGCCUCGAAUGGAUCAGUACUUCAACCAGAUGGACAAAAUAAUUAAGGAGAAGAAGACGUCCUCGCGUAUCCGGUUCAUGCUGCAGGAUGUGAUUGACCUCAGGCGGAACAGUUGGGUGCCCAGAAGAGGGGAUCAGGGUCCUAAGACCAUUGACCAGAUUCACAAGGAGGCUGAGAUGGAGGAGCACCGGGAGCACAUUAAAGUGCAACAACUGAUGUCCAAGCAAGACAAGAGGAGAGGGCCUCCAGGCCCAUCGUCCACAGGGGGACGAGGAAACCUAGUAUCAGAUGAUGGUUGGAACACCGUUCCCAUCACCAAGGGCAACCGACCCAUUGACCCCAGCAGGUUAACCAAGAUCACUAAGCCUAGUUCUAUUGACACUAACAGUCAGCUCUUUGCACCUGGCGGGCGGCUGAGCUGGGGGAAAGGCAGCAGCGGCGGUUCGGGUGCCAAACCUGCUGAACCGGCUUCUGACGCCAACCGUCCGGCCACGAGUACUUUGAAUCGUUUUUCAGCCUUACAACAGUCGGCUCCUGCAGAGAGCCAAGACGUUCGGCGUGUGGUGCAAAGAAGUAGCAGCAGCCGCGACCGCUCCGAAAAAGGCAGUGAGCGGAGUGAGCGCUUGGAGCGGGCGGAGCGAGGCGACCGCGUGGAGCGGAGCGAGAGGGUAGAGCGGAUGGAGAGGAACCGAACCGCGGUCACCAAGCGCAGCUUCAGCAAAGAAAUGGAGGACCGGAGCCGGGAGCGUGAACGGGAGCGGCAAGGGGUCCUGGAAACGGUGCGCAAAGUGGCUAGCAUGACAGAAGAACGAGACCGAAGCAGGGAACCUGCCAAGCGUGAGCCAGUGGCUCCCGAACUGCCCCCCAAACCUGCCUUAUCCGAGGAGGAGCUGGAGAAGAAGGCCAAGGCCAUCACUGAGGAAUACCUACACAUCAACGAUAUGAAGGAAGCUGUGCAGUGUGUACAGGAACUGGGUUGUCCAACUCAGCUCUAUAUCUUUGUCCGGAAUGGCAUCGAGUCCACGUUAGAGCGAAGCACCAUCGCUCGCGAGCACAUGGGGCUGCUGCUGUAUCACUUGGUCAAGGCAGACCACCUCCCCAAGGAGCAGUACUACAAGGGGCUGCAAGAGAUCCUGGAGAUUGGGGAAGACAUGGAGAUCGAUAUACCCCAUAUAUGGCUGUACUUGGCCGAGAUUAUCACUCCCAUUUUGAGAGAAGGCGGGAUUUCCAUGGAGGAGCUCUUCAGGGAGAUCGCCAAGCCCCUAGUCCCUAUUGGCAAGGCCACAACUCUAUUGGUGGAGAUCCUGGGCCUGCUUUGCAAAGGAAUGAGCCACAAGAAGGCAGGAACAUUAUGGAGAGAAGGUGGACUGAGUUGGAAAGAGUUCCUGCCGGAGAACCAGGAUAUCAAUAAGUUCAUCACAGAGCAGAAAGUCGAAUAUACCAUGGGCGACAGUUCGGAUGCUCCUAGUCGGAAGGAGCUGACCUCUGAAGAACUCUGCAGACAAAUAGAAAAGCUAUUAAAAGAAAAUGCCAAUAACCAAAGAAUAUAUGAUUGGAUUGAGGUAAACCUGAGUGAACAGCAGGUCUCCUCCAGUAUGUUUAUCAGGGCCCUGAUGAUGUCAGUGUGCCAUUCCGCCGUCGUCUUCGAGAAUCCUUACCGGAUGGAGAAUCUUGUGAUUAAGAGCCGAGCUAAGCUGCUGCAGAAAUACUUGAGCGAUGAAGAUAAGGAGCUGCAGGCCCUUUAUGCUUUACAAGCCCUAGUGGUGAAGCUGGACCAGCCAGCAAAUCUCCUCCGAAUGUUCUUUGAUGCCCUGUACGACGAGGACGUGAUAAAAGAGGAUGCCUUCUACAAGUGGGAGUUGAGCAAGGACCCAGCCGAGCAGCAAGGAAAGGGUGUUGCCCUCAAGUCGGUCACAGCCUUUUACACUUGGUUGCGCGAAGCUGAGGACGAAUCCGACAACAAUUGAGCCCCACAAGAAGGGCGGGGUGGGGGGCAGACCGAGCCUGCCCUGCUGCCCUGGCCCCUCCUCGGAGUCUGGACUCCUUCGGGCGCUGGCACGGGGAAGGAGACACGCAGGACUGACCUUUGCCAUCUUUUCUCCUGCCCGCCCUCAUAAGACUGCUUUUUCUUUCUUUCCCCCUUUUUUUUUCCUUCUUUUUUUUUUUCCGGUUGGGAUUUUUUUUUCCCCCUCUCUCCAUUUUUGUUUUUCGUUUUCGUUUUAACAGCCUGUAUUGGUUUGUGUCUUGACGAUAAUAAAUUGAUGCUCAAGGAGAGGUAGGUGUUGCUGUGGGCGCGCUCCGCUCAGAACCCAGGCUCGUUCCCCGGGGGAACCCGGAUGAUUUUCGUGAGCGGGGGGCCCCCCCUCAAUUCUGCUGGUGCAAAAGCACCCCCCGAAACACAUGUCUGAUGGAAGGGGGUGGGUAGCCAACCCAAUGCCUACGCUCCUGCCAUCUCUCUUUCUCUCUCCUCUCUCUCACUCUCUCUCUCUCUCUCUCUCCUCUCCCUCCCCACUUUAUUGCUGAAAUAUAGAGAUUAUAUAAAUAUAUAUAUAAAAUAUAAAUAUAGACUUAUUAAAUCUUUUGAGGUUGGAGAAUAGAACUCUUUAACUGUCCACAAACGGCUCUUCAGAUUUCUUUUCUUUUUUUUGCAUCGCCGCCUGGAAUUAACGUAAACCCACCCCCAAACCGGGAUGGAUGUUCCUUUGAAAAACAAUUUUUUUUUGGCAAGCAAGGGAAACAGAAAUCAUUUCAAAGCUCCCCUUUGCUUAGGAGCUGCAGGCAUCUCACCGGCCAAGAGGUGAGGGCAGCUCGGAGCUUCCCUGCCCCUCCACGAGCUCACCACGGCUGCCUUGGCCUACUAGGGUCAACCUCACCCCUUCGCCCGCUCGGGGUCCCCCUCGCCCACCUCCGAGCACACGGAAGGGGGGGGGGCGGGCGUGCGACCCGCUUCGUCUGCGCUUGGAUAGUUAACGGAGCCGCGCUUGUAACGGAAAGGAAAACAAAAAGCAAAGCAAAAACGACAACGAAACCACAAACAGGAAAAAAAAUAUAUAUAAGGAUACAAUAACCGGUCACGUGAAUUUGUAAAUAUGUUUUUUUUUCCUCCUUUUUCUUUUUUUUUUCUUUUUUUCAUUUUUUUUUCUUCUUUUUCUUUACGGAGUAUUUAAUUGAAGAUUCAAAAACAAAAAAAGAGCAUCUUUUCACCGUAAACUGGAAAUAAUAAUAAUAAUAAAAAAAGAGAACAUUGCUAAACCAAGGUGACGUGUGGGUGAUGUCGGAUCCCUGUCCCGAUCGCAGCAGGAAUUUUGGGAGAGACGCCACGUCUUGGAUCACCCCGACCUGCUGGGGGGGAAGGGGGGGGGAGCUUGGAGGUAGCCCUGCGUUUGAGCCGCUUGAUGUGGGACGAUUUGGCGUGUUGUUCUAAGCUACUUUUGAAGGAAAAAAAGGGGGGAGGGCAGGUUAUCGGAGAAAGAAUGGGCCUGAAGAAAUUUACACAACGAAGAGGACGAGGCAACGUGGAGAAGGAGGGUUAUUGUAAGUUCUACAAGUGCUUGUGCUUGCGUUGCGGCCGUGGCUAACUUUGAUGGGACGUGAAAAUAAAGUCUUUGGACAGGUUCCUUGCAA